UUCACCCACCUCUUCAUCGGUUUCAUUCACAUUCCGAAUCAAAACCUCAUAUCACUCUCCACAAAUUAAAGCUUACCUCAUAUUUUUAAGAGAUCAAGAAAAUGGACAAGAAAGACGAUUGUGCUAAAUCUGGUAACGUAGCACAAACUGGUGUGGCUGGAUCUGGUUCGGGUCAUAUGGUGGCGCCAGGGACUGGAGGUGCAGUUCAGAUACCUAGGGAUGCUUUCGAAGCUAACACUAAGGCCUAUUUUGACGACCUUCAUGCCAAGGACAAGGCAACCAAGUGAGAAGUGUUUAGUGGUUUAAAAUAAUAACCAGCACCUUCUUUCUUUAUGAUGUGACUCUCCUAUUAUGAUCAUAAUUUUAAAUAAAAUGAGUUAUUAUAUUUCUA